GCUGCGAAGCGAGCUCUCGACGUGCGCAUUGACGGCACGGACGUGUAACGUCAUCACAUCAUCCGCCUUCGACCUCGUUGCAAUGCACGCAAUAAUGAGAGCGUGCGAGCCAACGUAUCUCUUUCCGUGAUAUACCACGUCAUACGCAUUGGUGCAAGGCCCUUUUACACCUAUUCUGACACUGCGCGUCACUUGGAGCGUCGCGUCAUGGGUCUCGGCGACACUGUGCGCACCAGUUCUGUAGAGUGCAAGGAAGCUUGGCGUUGUACACCGCUGUGCGGGAUAAUGUACGACAUGGUUUACCCAGAGUAAACCCCCAGUUAACCCCAGGGACAUUCCGCAGGUGGAUCAAGCUUUGCCACCGCGCCACAACCGACGUGCUCCAACGCACCACAACAAACACAUUAUCCGUACAUAUACGGAUAAUGCGAGAGUUGGCAACGAUUCGAUUCGAUUGGCGAUGGUCCACGUCAAGGUCGUGCUGCUCUGCAAAGGCCGUGGCGGUGACGCGGCGUCGUACCAGCCCCACCGAGACGAGAGCCAGUGGUGGAAUCGGCGUGACGCGCUCGUUCGGUGCGUCUCGGCCUUUCUGCAUGGCCCUUCCAGCGCCUACUGCACCAGCCGCGAGCUCGUGCUCGUGCACGACGAGGACUGGGCGCGCAUGCACGUGACCAAAGGCGACGCGACGCCGUCCGAGUUUAACGUUAUCAGCGCGUGGCGCGAUACGGCACAGCACGCGACGUCAGCGCCCAGCGCCGUCGCGUGCAAGCUUGUCCAGAGCGCGCUGCCCAUCGCGGGUGCCGACACGGUCGCGGCCAUGGAGAGCAAGCGCGAAGUGCUCGAGCAUCUGCAAAAGCACUGCGACAUGGACUUUCUGCGCGGCCACCGCCUCAACAGCAAGCCCGACGUCGUCUUGCGCAAGACCAACAAGCAGGCGCUGCUGCGCGUCUGGGACGAGUGGACUGCAACCCAUGGCACGACCGCCGCCUCCAAAAAAGACGUUGUGAAAGCCAUUUUCCACGAGAUGCUGCAGCCAUGCGACGCUUCGAUCAAGCGCGUGAUCGCGGCCACGCUGCAUGAGUCAAGCGAUGCCGAGCUGCCAUGCUUCAACACUGACUUGGUGCCCGCCGACGACCCCAGCCUCCAGAUUGUGCUCUUCCUCGGCGCCGUCCGGGACAUGACGCCGACUGAAAACAACAUACUUCAGCAGCUCUGCACCACGCAGAACAUUGCGCUCACGGGUGUCCGGCUUGGCGCAGUGCCCGAGUUUACGAGCAAAAUUCUCAGUGUCAUUGCGUACCACCAAGCCCGCGGCGUCCUCGGCCCCGCCCUCGAGCGCGCAUGCGCCGCAGAGACAGAAUCGCCCGCUGCCAAGCGACAAAAAACCACAUCAACAUCCGAUGUCACGUCAGUGCCUGCCCAUAUGCACGUCGUCGCGGCCGUGCCCAUGGCGUCAUCCGGGGUCACCACCGACCUCGCGUCUCGGUCACAGGCGCUCUGGGCCAUGGUGCGCCUCCUCGUCGUGACCUUGUGGCGGUCGCGCAUUGCGUCGUCAGGCGCGGUGCCGCUCACAACCGCGCUGACGUUCAUCUUUGAAGAUGCCGUCGCGCUCACUCUCAAGCAGGACGAGCUCGUGACGGCCCUCGCCGAGCAACACCAGGCCGCGCCGAGCGAGUACCAGAUCCUCCGUGCGCUGUGCCAGUACCUUACGGCCGCGACACCUGACGCAGACUUUGCGUCCAUGGCGUCGCGCCUUGUGGAAGCAUCUACAAUCGCGAUCGACGUCUCGGCUGCUGCGGGUGAGCGCGGGCUCUACGAGGCGUUCUACACGACAGGAGCAGCUGGCGGUGCCGACGACACCACGCGCCUCCUCGUGCUCGUACCUUUGGCGCCAGCUCUUGCCGGUCACGACGCUGUCGUCGCUGCUUGCGCGCGUGCGAGCGUACCCCUUGUGAGCCAGUCGCUGCUGCCCUCGCGCGAGAUGGCGCCGGCGUACGAUGCAGAGGCUGCGGCGGUGACCAUGCUGCAGCACCUUGUGUAUCAGCAGCGCCUUGGAUCUGCGUUGGCGUCGCUUGCGCCCAAGAAGCCAAAGAAGGAGAAGAAGGCCAAGAAGGAGAAGAAGACCGAGAAGGACAAGAAAGCCAAGAAGACCAAGAAGGAGGCGAUAGAUACCACGAGCGCGAAACCGUAGAAGCCUAAGUAGCUAAAAUCUUGGCCUUUCGCAGAAAGAAACUGGUUGUGGCUGGACAGGGCGAGGCCGACAGUCGCUUGGUGUCGCACCGCGUCCUGGUCGGGCGAGACCUUUUUCUCGAAAGAUCGCACUGUCCAGAGUCCCGCCUUCUACUGCAACGCAAGGAUACUCUAUAAAAAUUAAAAUUAUCGACCCCAAAUAAUAGUAUCAUCUUCAACCGA